UGCUCGUGCUAGAGAAGGAAGGGACAUAAGCUAAGUCCCCAUGCGGGUUCAAUCUUCUGAGUCCUAGGGUGGGAGAGCUCGGAUCCUAUGUUCCCCUGCCGACCCUCUGCACGCAGGUGGCAGGCAGAGGGAAGCGGUGCUCAGGACAAGCCGUGUUGCCCCAGGAACAAAUCCCCAGAGAGGAGGAAGGUCCUGGGCAGGGGUGAAAUCCAGCAGGUUCUGACAGGUUCUGGAGAACCGGUAGCGGAAAUUUUGAGUAGUUUGGAGAAUUGGCAAAUACCACCUCUGGCUGGCCCCAGAGUGGGGUGGGAAUGGAGAUUUUGCAGUAUCCUUCCCCUGCCAUGCCCACCAAGCCACGCCCACCAAGCCACACCACACCCACCAAGCCACGCCCACAGAACUGGUAGUAAAAAAAAUUGGAUUUCACCACUGGUCCUGGGGGAAUCCUUAACCCCCCAUAGGCUGGAGAAAGCUCCAAGGUCGGAGAGCUUGGAGGGCAAAUCUCUAGCAGGAAAGAAGAACAUAGUUCCAAGGGAGGAACUGCAGGAGACUGUGCCCGCCUUCUCCUUACGUGCUGCAGGAGUCUAAAAUAGGGUUCGAUCCUCAGGAGUUCAAUUUGUCUUAGGAGGGUGAGUGAACCAGGACAUCACCUGCCCCGGUGUCUCAUGUGAACUCAGCCUCUGGGGGUGCUUAGCCUGUUUGUCUUUAGGGUAUGUUUUGGGAAUCUGCCUGUGGGUAAUUGUGUGAUUUGGCUCUUAAAAAGGAAACCCUGAAGAAAGGGGAGCUGAGGUCAUUUAUUGGCAUUUCAUUUUUUUUUAAAAAAAAGAACUUUCAUGGUUAGUUAACUGGUUAGAGUUUGGCAUGUUGCAUAAACCUUGCUUGUAAGUAAAUGUAGAUCUAGGUUUUUAUGAAGCAAGCCCUAAAAAGAAAUGGAAAAUGACCCAAAAUAAAUUUAUUCAAUGUUCCAAAUCUCUCGUGGAUGUCAGACCCAAAGCUUGUACCAAACACACAUUCAUAUGCAGGGACUAACUGUAAUCCUGUACUAGCUCAGAAAAAUACUUCUUUCCAUUAGAAUGAGUGUUCUUCAGGGGUUAAAUCCACCACUUUCUAAUUAAAAUACAGAAAUUGGAAACCAUUUGUGCUCCCUCCCUUGGAGGCAAAAAUAUGGGGCUGAAAGUCUUGCCUAAUAUGUAGCUACAGGAAUGGUACUAUGGAAUGGAAUGGAAAGGUGUUUGGAGAUGCAGAAGAUUCCCUGGACGCAUUUGGAGUUGCGCUACAGGACAGAGAAAGGAUGAAAAGCCAAUCUUUACCAAGUGAGGGAACUGGAAAAGGCCCUUCUGGUGUUCACCCUGGGAGCCCUGGGGAAAUCUGGGCAAGAACUGAGCAUAAGAUCCUGGAGGAGACAACCACCUUUCCAGAAAUUGAGCCCUGGAACUUUAGGAGCUUUCAACACCAGGAGGAUGAGGGCCCCCGAGGACUUUGCAAUCAACUCCAUUCCUUUUGUAGUCGAUGGUUGAGAUCAGAAAAGUACACAAAAGCGCAGAUGUUGGACCUGGUUGUUUUGGAGCAGUUCCUGGCCCUUCUGCCCCUGCAGAUGGAAAGCUGGGUACGAGAGUGCGGAGCAGAGACCAGCUCCCAGGCGGUGGCCCUAGUAGAAGGCUUCCUCCUGAGCCAGGCGGAGGAGAAGAAGGAGCAGGUUGAGUUGCAGUCCUUCAUAAUGGAGAUCAGAGAUCUUAAGAGAAGGAGACAUCCAUCAAGUUCAUCUCCAGAAAUGUUUUUCAGGAGGAUCUCUCAGGAUGAUCCAAAUCAAGACACUAUCACAGGGAAGAAUAGAAGGAAAGUGGCCCUUUCUGAAGGUGGAACUGAAACAAUGGUUGAAACUCCAGUUCAAGAGGGCCUUGUCUCCUUCGAGGAGGUGGCUGUGUAUUUCUCUGAGGAGGAAUGGUCUGAGCUGGAUCCUGACCAAAAAGCUCUGCAUUGGGAAGUCAUGCUGGAGAAUUAUAGGAAUGUGGCCUCUCUUGGUGAUAAUGAGCAGGACCAUAAAGAGUCAAGGGAAUCGUUCCAAGGGCUCAGACAUGGAGAUGUAAUGGAGAAGCCUGCAAUUCAAAUGGAACUCCACAAGCAGGAUAGAAACCUCUCAAAUAAUUGGAAUAAGGAAAGCUCAUCUUCCAUUAUUAAUCACAUACAGGAGUUUCUUGAGCAACUGGAAAAAAUAGAGAAAAAAUAUAUGGGGAAAGGUGUAAAACUAUCCAAAGACACAUUAGAGGUAAAUGAACACUAUCCAUCCACAUCCAAAGGACAAGAUUAUAUAUGCAAAGACAAUGAAAAAAAAUACAAUUGGACUUUCCCAUUUUCUCAGGGAAAUGGGACUCUAACAUCACAUAAAAGUCUUCCCAUCGGGGAGCAUCCGGAGAAAGGCUUGGAGAAUGGAAAGAACUUCUGUGAAAGGAAGACUUUUACUGUUCAGAAAAGGAAUCAAACAGGGGAGAAGCCAUAUAAAUGCACAGAGUGUGGAAAGGGCUUCAACAGGGAGAGUAAUCUUACAUCCCAUCAAAGGAUCCACACAGAAGAAAAGCCCUUUAUAUGCACAGAGUGUGGGAAGUGCUUCAGAGUACUCAGUAAACUUAUUUCCCAUAAAAGAAUCCACACAGGGGAAAAGCCAUUUAAAUGCAUGGAAUGUGGAAAGACUUUUACUUAUAGGAAACAACUUAGUUCCCAUCAAUUAAUCCACACAGGGGAGAAACCAUACAGAUGCAUGGAGUGUGGAAAGGGCUUCAGCCAACACAGUAAACUUACUACUCAUAAAAGGAUCCACACAGGGGAGAAACCAUUCAAAUGCAUGGAAUGUGGAAAGAGCUUUCGCCACUACAGUGGUCUUACAUGCCAUAAAAGGAUCCAUACAGGAGAGAAACCAUUUAAAUGCAUGGAAUGUGGAAAGAGCUUCAGUGUAAACUGCAAUCUUACUUCCCAUAAGUGGAUCCACACAGGGGAGAAGCCAUUUAAAUGCACGGAGUGUGGGAAGACUUUUAGUCAGAGCAGUGCCCUUACUCUCCAUAAGAGGAUCCACACAGGGGAGAAACCAUUUAAAUGCAGGGAAUGUGGAAAGUCUUUUAGUCAGAGCCAUCACCUUACUCGCCACAAUAGGAUCCACACAAGGGAGAAGUCAAGAUAAAUGCAUGGACUGUGGAGAGGCUGUAGUUGGGGCCCCACUUGCAUAGGUUCUUUGGGGGAAGUGGUUCCUCAUGGAGCUUUACCGGCGGAGGAGAGAGAAAGAAUGGCAAACCGUCCUUUACCAAGUGGGGAAAGUGGAAAAGGAUCUUCCGGUGCUCAGUCUGGAAUCGACGGGGAGAUCUGGGCAAGAACUGGGCAGAAGAUGCUGGAAGAAGGAACCAUCGUUUCACAAGUUCACGCCUGGAACUUCAGGAGCUUCCAAUACAAGGAGGAUGAGGGUCCCCGAGGACUUUGCAGCCGGCUCCAUUCCUUUUGUAGUCGAUGGUUGAGACCAGAAAAGCACACAAAAGCGCAGAUGCUGGACCUGGUUGUUCUGGAGCAGUUCCUGGCGCUUCUGCCCCUGCAGAUGGAGAGCUGGGUGCGGGAGUGUGGAGCAGAGACCAGCUCCCAGGCGGUGGCCCUGGUGGAAGGCUUCCUCCUGAGCCAGGCGGAGGAGGAGAAGGAGCAUGUUGAGUUGCAGUCUUUCGCAAUGGAGAUCAGAGAUCCUGAGAGAAAGAGGCAUCCGUCAAAUCUCCCUGAAGAACUGUUUUUCAGGGGGAUCCCUCAUGGAGAUCCAAUUCAAGACACCUCAGGAGGGAAGAAUAGAAGGAAGUUGACUCUUUGUUUUAGGGGAGCAGAAACCAGGAUUGAACCUCCAACUCAGGAGAGUCUUGUGUCCUUUGAGGAGGUGGCUGUGUAUUUCCCCGAGGGGGAGUGGUCAAAGCUGGAUCCUCACCAAAGAGCUCUGCAUUGGGAAGUCAUGCUGGAGAAUUAUAAGAAUGUGGUCUCUCUUGGUGAGAAUGAGACUGACAAUAAAGAUGCUGGAGAAUCAAUCAAAGUAUUUAGACAAGGAGACGUAAUGAAGAAACCUGCAAUUCAAACAGAAUUCCAAAGGCAGGAGAGAAACCUGUCAAAUAUCUGGAAUAAGGAAAGCUCAUCAUCUUUGAUUGUUGCUCAGAUGCAGGAGUUUAUUGAUCAACGAGAAAAACUAAAGAAGACAUAUAUUGGGAACAGUGUAAGACUCUUCAAAGACACAUUAGAUGUAAAUGAACCCUGUCCAUCACAAGCCAAAGGACCAGCCAAUAUAUGCAAUGAACAUGGAAACAAGACUGUUAAUGAAAGGACAUGCACAAGGGAGAAGACGUAUAAAUGCAUGGAAUGUGGAAAGGGUUUUACCAAAAAGAGUACCCUUAUUAUCCAUCAAAGGAUCCACACAGGGGAGAAGCCAUAUAAAUGCAUGGAAUGUGGAAAGGGCUUUAUCAAAACGAGUACCCUUAUUAUCCAUCAAAGGAUCCACACAGGGGAGAAGCUAUAUAAAUGCAUGGAAUGUGGAAAUGGCUUUAACCAAAAGAGCAACCUUAUUACCCAUCAAAGGAUCCACACAGGGGAGAAACCAUAUAAAUGCAUGGAAUGUGGAAAGGGCUUUAGCCAAAAGAGAACCCUUAUUACCCAUCAAAGGAUUCACACAGGGGAGAAGCCAUAUAAACGCAUGCAGUGUGAAAAGAGCUUCAGGACAAGCAAUGAACUUGCAUCCCAUCAAAGGAUCCAAACAGGGGAGAAGCCAUAUAAAUGCAAGGAGUGUGGAAAGAGCUUCAGAACAAGCAGUAAUCGUACACGCCAUCAAAGGAUCCACACGGGGGAGAAGCCAUAUCAAUGCAUGGAGUGUGGAAAGGACUUCAGAACAAGCAAUGAACUUGCAUCCCAUCAAAGGAUCCACACAGGAGAGAAGCCAUAUAAAUGCAUGGAGUGUGGAAAGAGCUUCAAAAGAAACAGUCAUCUUAACUGCCAUAGACGGAUCCACACAGGGGAAAAGCCAUAUAAAUGCUUGGAGUGUGGAAAGGACUUCAUAAAAAGCAAUGAUCUUAUAUGCCAUAGACGGAUCCACACAGGGGAGAAGCCAUAUAAAUGCAAGGAGUGUGGAAAGGACUUCAGAACAAGCAGUGAUCUUAUAUGCCAUAGACGGAUCCACACAGGGGAGAAGCCAUAUAAAUGCAUGGAGUGUGGAAAGGACUUCAGAACAAGCAGUGAGCUUACAUGCCAUCGAAGGAUCCACACCACAGAGAAUCGAUAUAGAUGCUUGGAGUGUGGAAAGGGCUUCAGCACACCCCAUAGUCUUAUUUCCCAUAACGUAAUUCAUAGACUGGAGAAUCCUCAAAAGAAAGAUAUAUUUGGGCGAUCAGCUGAUUCCGGUGCAGCUGAAGGAGGAACUAAAUUGGCUCCAAGCAGGCUCACAGAGCUCUCCGUUUGCAAUUUAAAAAAAAUCCACUUGCUGCUCAUCAGCUCAGGCGUCUUCGGACAGCUGCCCAGAUGGGGAAAUCAGAAAGGAUUAGCAAGGAACAGAUGCAAAAGAUUAUGCCUGCAUUCCCAUUAUGGGCUGGAUGACACUGUUGGAAGAAACAUCCUUCUGGGUUCUGCUCCAAGUGGGAAAAAAGACACUGGAAACAUGGAGACUGCUUGGAAAGAUGGUUUAAGGGUGGACAGGAUCACAUGGCUUGCGUUCCUGAACAGAAAAAGGGCAGAUACAGACAGAGAAAGAACAGCAAGCCUUCCUUUAGCAAGUGGGAGAACUGGAAAAGGCCCUUCCGGUGCCGAGUCUGGAAUCCACGGGGAGAUCUGGGCAAGAACUGGGCAGAAGAUGCUGGAAGAAGGAACCAUCGUUUCACAAGUUCACGCCUGGAACUUCAGGAGCGUCCAAUAUCAGGAGGAUGAAGGUCCCCGAAGCCUUUGCAGCCAACUCCACUACUUUUGUAGUCAAUGGUUGAGACCAGAAAAGCACACGAAAGCGCAGAUGCUGGACCUGGUGGUUCUGGAGCAGUUCCUGGCCCUUCUGCCCCUGCAGAUGGAGAGCUGGGUGCGGGAGUGUGGAGCAGAGACCAGCUCUCAGGCGGUGGCCCUGGUGGAAGGCUUCCUCCUGAGCCAGGCGGAGGAGAAGAAGGAGCAGGUUGAGUUGCAGCCCUUCGCAAUGGAGAUCAGAGAUCCUGAGAGAAAGAGGCAUCCGUCAAAUCUCCCUGAAGAACUGUUUUUCAGGGGAAUCCCUCAGGGAGAUCCAAUUCAGGACACCUCAGGAGGGAAGAAUAGAAGGAAGUUGACUCUUUGUUUUGGGGAAGCAGAAACCAGGAUUGAACCUCCAACUCGGGAGAGUCUUGUGUCCUUUGAGGAGGUGGCUGUUGAUUUCUCCGAGGAGGAGUGGUCUCAGCUGGAUCCUCACCAAAGAGCUCUGCAUUGGGAAGUCAUGCUGGAGAAUUAUAAGAACGUGGUCUCUCUUGGUGAGAAUGACAAUAAAGACUCUGGAGAACCAAUCAAAGUCUUUAGACAAGGAGACGUAAUGAAGAAACCUGCAAUUCAAACAGAAUUCCAAAGGCAGGAGAGAAAUCUGUCAAAUAACUGGAAUAAGGAAAGUUCACCUUCAAUUGUUGCUCAGAUGCAGGACUUUAUUGAUGAACGACGAAAACUAAAGAAACAAUAUAUUGGGAAAGGUGUAAGACUCUUCAAAGACACAUUAGAUGUAAAUGGACCCUGUCCAUCUCAAGCCAAAGAACCAGCCAAUAUAUGGAAAGAUGAAGGAAAAAAUUACAGUUGGAUAUCCACACUUUCUCAAGAAAAAGGAUCUCUUGAAUCACAGAAAAGUUUCCACAUUGGAGAGAAGUCAAAUAUAAGUAAUGAACAUAGAAACUGGAUUGUUAAUAAAAGGACAUGCAUAAGAGAGAAGCCAUAUAAAUGCAUGGAGUGUGGAAAGGGUUUUAGCAAAAAGAGUACCCUUAUUGCCCAUCAAAGGAUCCACACAGGGGAGAAGCCAUAUAAAUGCAUGGAGUGUGGAAAGAGUUUUAGCGAAAAGAGUACCCUUAUUAUCCAUCAAAGGAUCCACACAGGGGAGAAGCCAUAUAAAUGCAUGGAGUGUGGAAAGGGCUUCAGAACAAGCAAUGAACUUGCAUCCCAUCAAAGGAUCCACACAGGGGAAAAGCCAUAUAAAUGCAUGGAGUGUGGAAAGGGCUUCAGAACAAGCAAUCAACUUGCAUCCCAUCAAAAGAUCCACACAGGGGAAAGGCCAUAUAAAUGCAUGGAGUGUGGAAAGGGCUUCAGAACAAGCAGUGAACUUGCAUCCCAUCAAAAGAUCCACACAGGGGAAAAGCCAUAUAAAUGCAUGGAGUGUGGAAAGGACUUCAAAAGAAGCAAUGAACUUGCAUGCCAUCAAAAGAUCCACACAGGGGAGAAGCCAUAUAAAUGCAUGGAGUGUGGAAAGGGCUUCAGAAGAAACAGUUAUCUUAAAUGCCAUCAAAGGAUCCACACAGGGGAGAAGCCAUAUAAAUGCAUGGAGUGUGGAAAGGACUUCAGAACAAGCAGUUACCUUACAUUCCAUCAAAGGAUCCAUACAGGGGAGAAGCCCUAUAAAUGCAUGGAGUGUGGAAAGGACUUCAGUACAAGCAGUUACCUUACAUGCCAUCAAAGGAUCCAUACAGGGGAGAAGCCCUAUAAAUGCAUGGAGUGUGGAAAGGGCUUCAGAACAAGCAAUGAACUUGCAUCCCAUCGAAAGAUGCACACAGGGGAAAAGCCAUAUAAAUGCAUGGAGUGUGAAAAGGGCUUCAGAACAAGCAAUGAACUUGCAUCCCAUCAAAAGAUCCACACAGGGGAGAAGCCCUAUAAAUGCAUGGAGUGUGGAAAGGACUUCAAAAGAAGCAAUGAACUUGCAUCCCAUCAAAUGAUCCACACAGGGGAGAAGCCAUAUAAAUGCAUGGAGUGUGGAAAGGACUUCAAAAGAAGCAAUGAACUUACAUGCCAUCAAAGGAUCCAUACAGGGGAGAAGCCCUAUAAAUGCAUGGAGUGUGGAAAGAGCUUCAGAAUAAGCAGAAAACUUAGACGCCAUAAAAGGAUCCAUACAAGCGAGAAGCCACAUAAAUAUCAUGAAUGAAUCCCAGUAUCAUUGCUCAGGCUGGUCCAGGUUCUUUCUUGCCCCCCAAAGGCAUUUUUGGGUCAUAGAGGUAAGCCAGAAGGGAUAAGACCUGUCACAAGCCAGAACGAUCAUGUAGAAAGAAAAAGAAUUAUGCGUAGCAUGGGUGAAUAAAGGAGAUGCGUGGGAAAACAAGAUAGAAAGUGGAUAAGAGAAACAAGGAGAUUACAGAUAGUUCAUGGGAGGACUGUAAUUAAAUGAUCAUCAAAUAAAUUUAUAUCAGGGUUUCCUGCAGAAAUUAAAUCCAGAAAGCACGCACAGACUGAUUCAGCAGGAUUGAUUUAAAUAAGAAACUUCUUUAUAUACAAGAAUAUAUAUACAAUACCAACAGCAGAGAACAAUUUCUUUCAACGUAGUAGAAGUUACAGGCAGAGCACAAGGCAGGAGAGAACAGUUACUUUCAUUUCAGCAGAGCAGACAAGCAUGCACAGACUGCUUAGUUUCAGAUUCAGUUCUCUGCACAGAUGCAGAAGCUGCAGACUAAGACACGCCCUGGCUCCAGUCUGUCUCAGCUCCGAAUUGGCUGACUUAGUUGCUAUGCCUAUUCAUUGGCUCACCUUGUUACCAUGUCUCUGAAUCAUGCAUACAUCACUAUCAAAGAUGCUAGAAUCAUAAGGUCUGUUCUGUCCUCAUUCAACAUUAUUCUGUGUGCAGCUUGACAUGCACCCACCUAUCCUCCAAUAAAACAGACCGUCUGCAUA